AUGAGUUCCAACAUCGGCACCUCUAUUGGUGGUGCUUUUAUUAACUGGUUCUCUGAAGAUGUUAUGCCCAAGGUUGCGACUGCGGUCGAUUUAACAAUACUCCUCGUUAGCAUCAUUCUAAACGUACUACUUAUAGUCAUGUUCAACAAGAAACACUUAUUUCUGGAUCCUGCCAAUAGAUUCAUGUUCCAGUUAAUUAUUGUGGACAUUCUAUCCUGGUUUUUUAUUCUCAUCCCCGGCGCAGUUGUAGCUUUGAGGGGACAAUGGGAUCUAACAAUGCCCGUAUGUUACGCCCAAGCCGUAAUAGUGAACUGGAUAUACUUAGUAAUGUUUGGUCUCAUUACUACGUUGUUUGUAGAAAGGGCAGUUUUAGUGAAGAACCCGAAAUUGCGCGACAAAAUUUUUGGAAAAGUUUCGAAAGUGACCAUCAUUUCAAUUAUGAUAUGGAGUAUCGAUCUUGCUAUUGCUGCCAUUCCAACUUCCGGGUGGAGUCCUAUUGAUUAUGACUUUUACCAUAGUAGUUGUAUUGUCUACAACGAAUCCAACGUAUAUUACGUCAUAAUAUUGUUUAUGUUCGGAAUAGGAACAGCCAUCUUAUCCGGGGCUGUCUGUAUUCCGAUCAUUUUGAAUUCUCGAAAGUCAAGAAUCUUGCGCGAAAAUGCAGAAGCUGCUAAAAUAGAGGCAGAUAUUCGCCGUAAGAUGAGGCUGGAAGCCAUAGCAGAAGAGAAAAAAGAAAUGGAAGCUGAAAAAAUCAAGAACGGUCAGGAUUCAAGUAAGAAAUUAGAAAAAUCUCUUCAGCCGCAGGCGAGACAGGGAUGGACAAACGAUAAACCAUCAAAUAGUAAAACAAAUAAUAAUGCAAAGAAGAAACAAACGAGAAAGAAAACACGACGCGCGAGAACACCAAAACGGAGAGACAAACGCCUGCUAGAAGAUGAUUAUGAGGAUCCCGACUUUCACCUGACUGUCACAUAUAUGAUAAUGUGGGUCCUAUUGUUGGUACUCUGGCUGCCGUACUUUAUAGUCCUAUUCAGGCACGCGGCGAUUAACGACACGGACUUUUGGAGGGGAUACUAUUCCGUAACUGUCAUACUUGCCCUUUUCAGUUUCUGCAUCAAGCCGAUCAUAUACUUGUCUCAUAAUAGACACAUGCAAGAGAAAACUAAGGACACUAUUCCUGAAAAUGUUGUCAACCGCGCAUCAGCUCUGCGGAUGUCUUUUGGUGACGUUGUUGAUAAAUUGGAUAAGAUAGUGUUUAAAUCUCCAAGGACUCAGCCGUCUAUUCAGACUACAGUGAAAGCGCAUACUAUAGCUAUGAAAUGGAUGAAUAAGUCCAAUGUGAAAGAUAAAUCUGUUAAACAAGAGGCUGAUGUCGCUUCAGAGGGUAGUCAAGAUGAACAUAAACAUGACCAGUCAGAAUCGGUAAAUGAUAAAGAGGGCCUCCUGAACCUUGCUGCUCCAGCGGAUGGGUCAUCUAAGGUAACGUCACCAACGCCAACGGAUACGAACACUGCUGCCGACACUGCCGAAUCAGCCUUAAUUGAUAUGGAGGAAAGCGAUCAGGGAACGGGCAGGUGGCCAGCGAUGAUCUAA